ACCCUCCCAUCUUUGCUCCCUCUCUCUCUUCCUUUAUUUCUUUCUUUGUGUUUUUUUUUUGAACUCACGAGAAUAAAGAAAGAUAGAAAGAUAGAUAGAUAGAUAGAAAUAAAGAAAAAAAGAGCCAUUGCUUUCAUCUCUUCUUCUCUUUUGUUUUUUAAAUGAUUUGGAGCUGUUUGGCUUGGCCAAUGCUAUCUUCUUAAAAUCCGAACUGAGAUUACCAUUGCAUUGUAUUGGACUUUAUUGUACUGGGUAUUAUGGCUGCAAUGCGCGGUGCUGCCUGGGUUGUGCUAACGUUAACCGGGAGGGUAGUUAACGAUAUCGUGAGCUUCGUUGUCUUCACCAUUCUCGACGUAAUCGACGUGGUCCUCUGCUUCGUGUUCAAGGUCUUGGAUUUCGUGGUGGAGGCUGAGUGGAAGCCAUGCUACUGCUCGUCGCCCAAGGAGGCGAUCAUGAGCAGCGGCAAGAUUCUUGUCUCCGAGCAAGGCGCGUCGAAGAUCGUGUGCCUUUGUUCCAGCAAGUUGCAGCUGGAAGAUAUAUCAGACACCUUGUACGCACGCCCGUCUUUGGUCUCCGAAGUCUCGCGGUCGACGGUCAAAGAGCUUAGACGGCUCAAGGUAGAGGGAGAGAGGAAUGGGACGAAGCGAUCGACGUACACGAUCAACUCGACGAUUGUCGAGAUGCUUCAGGGGAAGAUGGGAGGGCAUCACUCCCACCCGAUCCCUCGGUGGUCAGACUGCGACUGUAAGACUUGCACUUCUUGGAGGUCUUCUUGCAAAGAUACUCUGUUCGUUCGUGCCGAAGGCGGUUACGAUAAAGCGAGGGAGGAUGUCUUGUUUAUUCAUGGGUUUAUCUCGUCCUCCGCAUUCUGGACCGAGACGCUGUUUCCGAACUUCUCCGCCGCGGCGAAAUCCAAGUAUCGGUUGAUAGCCGUUGAUCUGCUGGGGUUCGGACGAAGCCCGAAACCGACGGACUCUCUUUAUACAUUGAGAGAACAUGUGGACAUGAUCGAACGGUCGGUACUAGAGGCCCACAAGGUGAAAUCAUUCCACAUAGUGGCCCACUCGUUGGGGUGCAUCUUGGCGCUAGCUAUUGCGGUGAAGCAUCCAGACGCGGUCAAAUCGCUGACUCUCCUUGCUCCACCAUAUUUUCCAGUACCCAAGGGAGAGCAAGGUUCCCAGUACGUGCUAAGGAGGGUGGCCCCCAGACGUGUGUGGCCUUUGAUUGCUUUUGGCGCAUCGAUCGGUUGCUGGUACGAGCACAUUAGUAGGACAGUUUGCUUGAUCAUCUGCAAAAACCACCGGUUGUGGGAGUUCAUCACCAAGCUGAUCACACGAAACAGGAUCAGGACAUUCUUGAUUGACGGCUUCUUUUGCCACACCCACUACGCUGCGUGGCACACCCUACACAACAUCAUCUGCGGGAGUGCCAGUAAGAUCGACGGUUAUCUAGAAGCCGUGAGGGACCAGCUCAAGUGCCGAGUUACAAUGUUCCACGGCAGAGAUGACGAGCUUCUUCCCGUAGAGUGCAGCUACGCCGUCCAAUCUAAAAUCCCAAGAGCGCAAGUUAAGGUCGUAGAAAAGAAAGAUCACAUCACACUUGUGGUAGGCAGGCAGAAAGCUUUCGCUAGAGAAUUGGAGGAGAUAUGGAACAAAACGAGUGAUUGAGAUGAGCCCUGCAUAGAAGAAGCAAAGCAAUUAUAGCCGCUAAUCAUGAUUUUUUUUUCUUAAGUUAGCCCGCGUUUGGAUGCUCAAUUGAUCUGAAUUGCAAUACGUAAAUUUAAUAAAAUAAAAUAAAAACAGUAUGGUGAUGUGUACCUCCACUGAAAAUUGCAACUGAUACCAUUUCAAUUCCAAUGCCGAAUGCAUGGAAUUCUAGUUCGGGGUUUGGUUGUCGUUAUAAAUAAAAAUGGCGCCAUCCCAGGAUGGUCAUUUCCUCUGUUAUGAGUAAUUGAAUGAAUUGCAAUUCAGUUCAAAUAAGCAUCCAAACGGGCUCAAGAAAAAUCGUGAUUUGUAGUUACUUCUAUUUUCUAUUCAGGUGUGAGACCUAGGCCAUGUAUCUUUCAAUUAUUAGCCACUAUUGAAUUGGGAAGUGUUUGACGCUAAUGUGAAGUUAAAAACUGAUGGUUGACACCAAGGCAGAGAGAAAUAGGACACG